AUGUACCUAAUUGCUGUGUUUGGGAACCUGCUCAUCCUCCUGGCCGUCAGCUCUGAUUCCCACCUCCACACCCCCAUGUACUUCUUCCUGGCCAACCUGUCCUUUUCAGACAUCUGCUUCAUCUCCACCACCGUCCCGAAGAUGCUCUGGAACAUCCAGACUCAGUGCAAAGUCAUAACCUAUGCAGGCUGCAUCACACAGAUGUAUUUUUUCAUACACUUUGCAGGAUUAGAAGUCUUUCUCCUGACCGUGAUGGCCUAUGACCGCUUCGUGGCCAUCUGUCACCCCCUACACUACACAGUCAUCAUGAACCUCCGGCUCUGUGGGCUGCUGGUUCUGGUGUCCUGGCUCUCGGUUGUCUCCUUAUUUUAUUGUACGAGCCUAGGAGUGUACCUCAGCUCUGCUGCUACCCAGAGCUCACGGUCAAGCGCCACAGCCUCGGUGAUGUACACGGUGGUCACGCCCAUGCUGAACCCCUUCAUCUACAGCCUGAGGAACAGAGACAUAAAGAGGGCUCUGAAGAGAAUCGUUGGUGUUCCAGCCAUGCAUGGGACAAUCGUCCUGAGGCCAAAGACGUGCCCAUGA